GGACAUUUUACUUCCCUGUAGACAUUCCUUUUCCAGAGCACCAGUAAUCAAAAUAGUCAGGGAAAUAGAGAGAAUAUGGCCUCAUCAGGUGGAGACAAUUGCAAUCUAUGUAACGAUGAUGAUGGAACAUCUACAGAAGCUGUCACGUGGUGCACAGAAUGUGAGGUGCUCCUAUGUACAGGCUGUGAAAAACAUCACACAAAAUCAAAAGCAUCUAAAGACCAUAAAACUAUGUCGACUAAUGACUACCAUAACUUACCAAAAUUCAUGUUAAAAAUAAGUAGUCAGUGCCGAGACCACAAAAAAAAGUUUGAACUCUUUUGUUCGUUCCAUGCCUGUCCAUGCUGUGUACAGGGCAUCACUGAUAAACACAAAAAAUGUCAAGACCUGAAACCCCUGUCAGAUAUUCUGAAGCAAAUAAAAUCAUCUGCCUCAGUUCAACUUUUUGAAAAAGAUUUGAAGAAUGUAAAGGAAAACUUAGAGGAGAUAAUAAAAUAUUUGAAAAGCCGGAUGAACACAAGCAAUAAUCAGAAAACAAAGGCUGCAGAACAAAUUCGAUCUAUGAGGAAGUUGAUAGAUGAUUUCUUAAACAAAUUAGAACAAAAAAUUCUUGAUGACCUAGAAUCAAAGCAUUCACAGCUGAAAUCUAAGAUGAACACUUUACUUCACCAACUGAAAACACAAGCCAAUCAGAUAAGCCAAUUGCAAAGUGAAUUUUCUAAAAUGACUCAAUAUGCAACUGAGCUACAGAUGUAUGAUGGUCUGAGAGAAAUUGAGAAAACUACGUCAGAAGCAGCUAAAUACAUGGAUGAAUUAAAUAGUGGAGACAAUUUGGAGGAAAAGAACUUAGAGGUUACCAUCUCAUCUGCCCUGCAAUCAAUUUUACAAGAGGUCGAAUCGUUUGGCGAUAUUAAAAUCAAUACCAACCAAUCUACUCUUCGACUAAAUGCCGGAAGAAAAGAUCAAGCACAGAACUUAGUACCAACUAUUCCUAUAAUUGAAGAAAUUAAACCAACAAUUUUGAGAACUCUGACAAUUCCAAAAGAUAUGAAAUCUGACAGUGUACCUGUCUUUAGGUUAUUACUUGAUGGUAAAUAUAUAAUUCUUAAUCGCAGUUUUUUAUCUGAAAGUAGUGCCCUGCUGCUAUUUAGAAAUGAUGGCAUCUUUGAAAGACAAGUAAUUACAUUCACAGAAUAUCCUUGUGAUUUUUGCUAUGUCAGAAAUAAUACAGUGGCUGUCACACUUGGAUCUGUAGACAAGACAGUACUAGUUGAUAUAGAAAAGAAUAAGAUCGUUCAAACAAUUCAACUUUCUCACUAUUGUGAUGGAGUAGCAAGUGACGGUAAACUGUUGGUCAUCAACAGUGUGGAGAAAAUUACUAUUGUUAAUCUGAAUGAUGAGUCUCAAACAAUCUUAGAAGGAAUAGGAGCAACACAUAUAUCAUUAUUUGGAGGAAGUAUAUAUGCUAACAUUUUCAAGAAAAACAAAGUCUGCUGCUACAAAAGUACUGGACAACUUCUCUGGAGAUUUCAGCACCAAGACAUUGCCAGACCACGAGGACUUGCAUUAGACAAACAUGGCUUUGUUUAUAUAGCUUCUCGUAAAAACAACAGUAUUGUGGUAGUUACACCAGAUGGUAAAACAUGUAAGACAAUUCUAUCAGAGGCUGAUGGAAUCAAUUUUCCUGUGUAUAUAGACAUACACAGAGAAACAGGAAUGAUGAUUGUGUCAAGUGAACUAAAGAAAACAAGUGCUAAGAAGGAUAGUGGUGAUCGUUACUUUACAGCAAUCAUUUAUAAAAUCUGAAUAGUACUUUUUUAAAGACUUGAAUGCAGAUGAAUCAACUAUGCUUCAGAAAAGUGUG